AUGAAUAAUGAUAAUAUACCUGAGGAGUUGACUGAACUUGAGACAAAUAUCUCAAGUGAUAGCUCCCAAGAAGAAGAGGAAGUAAACCAGAAUGAAACUUUAUGGACAGAUGCAACCGUAACCACUGAUUCUCAUCGAGUUUAUCGAUCCUAUUCAAAUGCACCAAUUGUGCAUGAUGAAUUAUUUGACGUGAAGAUUACUAUAAUGUCCAAUAUCUUUGAAAAGAGCGGAUCUGGUUACUUUAUUCAAACUUUGAUAUGCGAUUAG